ACGCUUUCGAUCCCAGGAAGAAGAAGAAAAAACGUCACUUCCGUAAACACUGGCACCUGGCAUGUGGAACUUGUGUGCCGUUUGAUUUUCGUUAAUGUCGCUUUUUCCAUCAUUUGUGCGUCUCGAAGAUAUACGAUGUCUCACACCGGAUCCUCUUCCACGACCUCUGGCAUUGAAAACCAUCCCGUGAGUUUGAGAGGAAGAACAACGAAUGGAACAAACGACUCUGCUGACAAAGCCGCUAAAUUAAAGCGUAAUGUCUCCAGCAGCCCAGACAGAGCUGUGAGGGAGCGCGCGUUAAAGCAGGUAGGGCUCACCAGCACCUCCUUCAUCGGGCCGGCGUUUCCUCCUUCAAAGCCUUCAAAGUCAACCAAGCGCAAGUCUGAUUUUGAAAACACACUGAGUGAGUUUUACAAAGAGCUUGAGACGAUUGACGCACCUGAUGGUGCUAACGAUCACUCUGGGAAAAUAAACGCAGGUUUUGUUAAAGCACCCACACCUUCAAAAACAUCUUCAGGCAGACAAAUCCGCAAGGGAAGCGAUGAAGUAGUUUUUAACCCAAACAACCGCGCAGGUCCAGAGGGCUACCAAGAGGGCCGUGGGCAGAAACAGCCAUCCUGGUCACACUGGUAUCAAAAUGAGCCAUACUACCCGAGAAGACCGAGGCCACCCGGUCCAUCCCAAAGUCCGUGGCACCAUCCCCAAACACUGAACCAACCACCAAACCCACGCUUUCAUAGACCCCCAUUCCAUCGCCCGCCACCUCCAGCUGCGUUCCCAAAUCCACAAGGCCCACCAUCGACUGCAAAUCACCACUGGAGCGGUUCAGGCCCGACUAACCAGUACCAAGAGGAGUCGCAUUUUCCAACGUUUUCUUGCUUUCCACCUCCAAAUGUGAGCGGUCACCCCCCUCGGGGCUUUUAUGGAGAUUCUCCACACCACUUUGACAGCGACGAGUGGGCUUGUGGCUAUCAAAUGCACGCCAAUAAUGGAUGGUCUAGAGGAAGAGAAGAACAAUCCUCUCACGGGGUAGAAGAUUAUGACCGAUCCCAGAGAUACGACUCCGAAAACGACCCGUGGGAUAAUCAUUGCCCGCCUCCCACCAACACGAACGCAUUCCAUUCUUCCCCGGUGCUGAUCUUGAUGAGGGGAUUACCAGGAUCUGGGAAAUCAACACUGGCCAGGGAGCGGCUCGCCGAGAGUCCCGAUGGGUUGAUACUGAGCACAGACGACUACUUUGCUUUCAGAGAUGGGUACCGCUAUGAACCAGGCCUUCUCGGUGCAGCACAUGAGUGGAACCAGAACAGAGCUAAAGAUGCUAUGCGUGAUGGCCGGUCUCCCAUAAUUAUUGACAAUACAAACGUCCAAGCUUGGGAAAUGAAGCCAUAUGUCAAAAUGGCCGUGGAGAGUGGAUACAAAGUGGACUUUUGUGAACCUGAAACCAGCUGGAAGUUUGAUUUUUACGAGCUGGAGAGGAGGAACAAGCACGGCGUUCCACAGGAGAAGAUCGCACAGAUGAUGGAUCGCUUCUCCUUUCCAAUAUCUGUAGACAUCGUCAUGAGUUCACAGGAGCCGGUUCACGUGAACCAGAGACUUCAACCAGAGCAGCCACCGAUGUUGAGGAACAACAGAGAAUUCCUUUAGUUAUUCACAGGAACCAGCUACAUAAUUCGCCUCAAAGACCCAAUCCUUUGUAACGAAGUUAAUGUUGUUGGCUACCGUUUCUAUGUGAUUUUUUUUAUCUGUUUAUUGAAUAUUUUAAAUUUAUGUAAAAGAAGAAAAAAAAAUCUAUUUUUCUGAAUACUUUUUCUUAAUUAAACUUUCACAUUUAAAUCUA